AUUUCUCAAUGAAAAAAAUUGUUUUCACACUCGAGUUCUCUUCCUUUUUCUUGAUUUCCAAAAUAUUUUUUUUCUACAUUUUUUUGAUUUAAUUCGGGAUACGAAAAUAUUUCCCAACUAAAAAUAGGAUAUUUUACGAAAAUACGCAAAAAUAGACAAAAAUUCGUUUUCUACUGCCAAUAAAUUCAUAUUAUGUAAAAAACAGCGAGAGUGAUUUCAAAAUUACAGAAAAUAAAACGAAAACAACGAAAAGACAAACCAAAUGAGUGCUCGAACAAGAAAAGCAACAGAUUCCUCGGCAUCGGCUUCGACAUCGACAUCGGGUUCAACAGCAGCAGCAGUGGCAGCAGAAGAAGCAAGUAAAAUGCUGGAAGCAGCUCUGCAACAGAUGGAUGGCAUUAUAUCGGGGACAACUCUAAAUCAUGUUGUUUCGAAUAAUUCAGCAAAUGCCGAGAGGAAAUUAAUAUCGGCUGCGAAUGUUCUGUCGACGGCGAAGACCCUGGCGCUGGCAUUGCAACAAGUCGGCUGCAACGCCCCCUCACCGGAUCCGGUAACGUCGGCGGUCAUAAUCGAUUGGCUGGAGACACACCUACCGCGUCAAGACACGGAUGAGCGCCUGCGACGACUGCAGCGCGAUAAAGAAGCCCUCGCCGUGCAAUACCAGACGAUGACUGACAAAGUCGCCGAACAGGGCGAUCGGAUAUUGGAACUGGAGCGGCAAUUAGUCGAGAAAGCGCAGCAGUUGAGUACAGCUGAAGAACGUCUGCAGCGACAAGUUCUAUCACAAUCUGCGUUGGAAACGCAAAAGCUUGAGCUUAUGACUGCUUUGAGCGAGUUGAAGUUACACCGUGCUGCCUUGGAGAGAGAAAACGUUGAGUUGAAGAGUAAUUCGAGCAGUUCGAGCAGUGGUGGCAGUGGUUUAGCUAAGAUACAACCUUUUGGUAGUAUGGGAAAUUUGCAACAAGCCGGUGGCGGCAAUUCCUUGCAAGGAACUCCAAAGACCCCUCCCGCUGCAAAGCGAUAUCAGGUGCAUCCACAAUUCCACAGUCUACCCCGAACUCAUGCCGCCACCAAGAACCACAAGCCGCUCAUGGAUAACAAUGCCAAUAACCAACAACAACAUCAAAGUGGUGGCGUUGGUGGCGGAAAACGUAACGUGGCCUUCGCCGAUGCUGAUAAGAUUAUGAUCGAUGAGGCCAACGACAUGUACGGAAGUUUUAUGUCCCAGCAAAAUUCAUCACCUUCGCCGAGUCAAUCGAAGGACAAAGUCAGAGGACUGAGGAAUAUAUUUGGUAAGUUAAGAAGGAGUAACAGUGGAAACCUGGAGCUACCUCCGUCGUCGGAGGAAAGUGAAUUCAAGCGAGGAGGUGCAAGGGCCACGGCCGCUGGCCGUAUCGAGUGGACACAAUCGAUGAUGUCAUCGGCAAAGCCGUACAGCGAUUGGAAUUGCAAUGAUAUCUGCAAUUGGUUGUGCGACAUGGGGCUCGGGUGCUAUGAGGAGGAUUGUAGAAAAUGGCUAAAAUCAAAUUUCAGUCUUCGCUUCUUCGAGACCUCCCCGAUUGACAUUGAAAAGGAGCUCAAUCUGAAGUCCCCACUGCACCGAAAGAAAAUCACUCUGGCCAUUUCCGAACUCACCGGCAAAGAGGAUGAUGAUUUGGCACUAAAAGCCGGUCAAUUAGAUGUCUCAUGGACAAUGCGAUGGCUCGACGAUAUUGGUCUUCCACAAUACAAAGAUACAUUUUUAAUGGCAAAAAUCGAUGGUCGCAUGUUGCAUCGUUUGACCAUGGAAGAUCUGGCCCAUCUGCACGUGACGUCAUGUCUGCAUAUUGCCUCACUGCGACGAGGCAUACAAUGCAUGCGGGAGAUGAAAUGGGAUCCGGAGUGUCUUAUUCGUCGUUCGAAAUCCGAAGACGAUAAUAGCAAUGAACCGGUGGCUCUGUGGACUGCCCACCGUGUAAUGGAAUGGCUGAAGGUUGCGGAUCUAUCUGAGUAUGCUCCAAAUUUGCGGGGAGCUGGAGUUCAUGGAGCAUUGAUGCUGUACGAAGAGAGAUUCACAGCCGAGUUGUUGGCUGAUUUGUUGAGUAUUCCACCGAGUAAGACUCUGUUGCGUCGUCAUUUGGCAACGCAUUUCAAGGAGCUCCUUGGACGUGCUACAAUUCAAGGUAAACGGGAUGCAGAAGCGCAACCUGGCUAUCAGCCUCUAAACAUCACAGCAAAAAUAAAGCUUCAAAAGAAGUCACAAUUCUCGUUGAAGCGACGAAAGAGCACCAAGGGCAGUGAGAUCGAAUGGACAGAUUUUGUAUGUCCAAUGGCUCAGUCGGAACUAACGACGACGACGACGCCAGUUAAAAGGCAGAUAGAUGGCGCAAAUAAUGACAAUAUAAACAUAUCAAAUAAUUCAGCCUAAGAUGACUAAAAAAUAAUUAAAUAAAAAUUAAAAAACAAAUUAAAAGAUUGAAAAGGAAUUAACAUUUUUAACCUUGCUCAAUCGUCAAUUUUUCAAAGUCUUCCCUGCAGGAGAGAAGAAGAAGCACAGCUACUUCCAAUAAAAAAUUUAAAAAACAAAAUAAUUACACCAUCUUAAAGCACUGCAAAAAAAGAACGAACAAUAAUUUAAUAAAAUUAUUAAUUCUUAAUUAUUUUAUUUAAACAAAAACAAACAAUAAUAACAAUUUCACAGUCGCUUGUGAGAUUUGGUAAGUUUUGCAUUUUUUUGUAUCUUUUAUCCAUUGGACGACUUUUAAUUAUGUUGAAUUGUUAGAUAUAUUUAAGAAAAAAGAAAAACAAAAUUUAGAAAAGUAAUAAACAAAAAAAAAAAGGAAAGUGUUAUGCCGAAGGAAAUUAUUAUUAUGAACAAAGUGUUGUUUUCUUUUUGUUUAUUUUAUAUUUACCAACCUAUUUCAUUUUUUUUGUUUGUUUUAAAUUAAUGUUUAGAAUAUAAGAGUAACAAUUUUUAAAAAAUAGAGCAAAGCAUUUAUUAAACAUAUGCAAGCAAAGCGAUUUAAUUAUAUUAUUAUUAUUUUUUAAAUGUUUACUAACAAAAUACGACAACCCGCACAAUAUUUAUAAAACGAGUUUAUACCAAUUUUAUAUACUAGAAAUAUAUAAAAUUCAUAUAUUUAUGAUUGUUUUAAUUUAAAAACAAAAAGAAAAUACUAGUUGUAGUUAAUACUUGAUAAUAGAAAAUAAUAAAACAAUUAUUAUACAAAAUUAAUUGAUCCUAGAGUAUUGUAAUUCUUCAUGAGAGAAAACUCAUAGAGAAAAAAAAAACAAACGCUACAAGUGGAAGUAUUUGUUAUAAUAGUUUGUUUUUUGUUGUUUUUUGGUACCAAUUUCAUACUAAAUCUUCUUGCAUUUUUAAAUGUACUUACAACGCAUUUUCAUCAAAAAUUAUCCUUCAAGUUAUUUAUUUUCCAGUUUAUAGUUUGUAAACUACGUAUUUUAAGAGUGUUCCUUUAUGUUUUAUUCUGUGCUAAAUCACAUCUUACAGAAAAACCGAAUUAACUUCAGUAAAGCAUUAGACAAUUUUCCAGGCAUUGUUAUUAAUUUUUAACUUUAAUCAAGUUUAACCUUAAUGAAAACAUCAAAGAUGAAGCAACUGUAUAUUAUUUAAUUUGAGAACAUCAUUUAUGUGUCUCUAGAUUUUCUUUAAGAGUAAACGGAAUAGACCUUCAAUAAUAAGUGUAUCUGAAAUGUUUUAUUUUCUUUAAACCUAAAGCAUAUGUUAACCAAUAGUUAAAAGGUUAUUAAGCUAUCUGAUAAUUUUACAUUAUCUAAUCCAUUGUUUUUGGAGUAACUUAUUUUGUAAGGUAUAGAAUUUGUAAGUGGUUUUUGUGGACGUAAUCUUGGUCAUAUAAUAAAUUAAAAUGCCUAACACCUUUUUUAGGUUUUAAAAAAACGUUAUUCAAUUUGAAGCUAAACUACACACUUUCAAUAUCAGAAUUAACAUAAAGUUAUUGCACAUAUUUGUGCCCUAUUUAUACUUCUUAAUACAAAGACAUCUUAUUUAUGCCAAUUUUUCAUAUUAAUCAGUUUUCUAUAGUUGAAAUUUGAAAAUAUAUUUCUUUAGUUAUUAAAAAGGAUAACUUUCUUUCUUUCGGUGACUAAUUUCUUGUUAACUACGUUGACAUUUAAUUAAUAUAAAAUAAUAAUAAUAACAUAUUGUAGAUAGUAUUCCUCAUUUCUGAUCAAGUGAAUAGACGAAUAAAUUUGAUAUCAAGUAAAAAGUAACGUUUAGCUUGUUAAAAUAGCUGCGUUCAAUCUCGUGUUAGAUAGGCUAAUAAGGAUAUGUGAAUUGUUAUAUCUAUUAUGCAAUGAGUUUGAUGCCUUGAUUGAGAUAGUUAGCACCUGUUCCCAAAAAGCAUACAAAAUAUUAAGUUUCGAAGUCCAAAAUUAUUGUAAAAUAAAAUUGGUUUGAAUAUUUAUAAUAAUCCACUGGAUUUUAAAACACAAAAAUAAAAUCUUAAAAUUAAUUUUAGAUUUUUGAUUUCUUUUUUAAUAUCCCAUCUGUUUUGGGAUAGCUGUUCAACUACACGUACAACUCUAACAAAUAGGUGUCCGGAUACCUUAUCUAUUUGAGAUUGAUCGCAACAGAGAUUUAUUUGAGCUUGAUUCUGCUUAUUGCAAAAUAAACACUUUAGUUAUAUUCCCAACAAAUUGUUUAUAAUGCCGUAGAAGAAGGAUAUUAACGUCAAAUGAAAUGUAAUGUUCUUGUUUUUAAAACAACAAACAAACACAUUUUUAGUCGAGUACAACUUAUUUUGCGCUCUGCUUGGUAGACCGACCAUUUAAAAAAAAAUCAUAAUAUAUUCUGCUAUACGUCCUUCAAAAGGUACCAAACCAUUGCUAACGACUAAAAAAGAUAGCUAAUUUCCAAUCCAAAUAGACUAAAAGCAAAAUAGAAACAACUAAUAGAAAAACAAGUUAUGUUUUUUUUUUCGUAUGGUUAUAUAUUAACUUUUACAUAACUAAGGUAUUUAAUUUGUAUAAUCUAAUUAAUCUUAUGAUACCAAAAUUAAGAUGGUCCAAUGUUUUAACAAAUGUUAUAGUCAAUCUGUCAUAAAAUUAGUAUUUAUUGCGAUCUACAUUACACAGUCUCCUUUUUCAAAGAUGUUUUUAUCUAUGUGCUGUUAAAAAUAAUAAAAUUUUAUAGAAUCGUCUUGAUUUUGUUGUCAUUUCAGUCAUAUUGAAAAAGUUCCCAAUAUCAUGUUGAUUAUAAUUUUCUAGAUCAGGAUUUUCAUUUUCAAUUCUUAUUUUUAUACUUUUGAAUAUGUACAGUGACCCCCACGACUGAUCGGGCAAAGAAAACAAAAAUGUUCGCAGUGCAAUUUCUCUAAGAAAAUGUAUGGGGGUGUUAAAAUUAAACAUAAUAUUUUAUCAUAAGUAAACUCAUAUUUAUUUUAAAUAAACAAAAACAACAUUUAAAAUUACCAUUUAAAACAAGGAAACUAAAAACGAAAACAACUCCAUAAUUUCAUGUCUCACAACACAUUGCAUUUAGUAUUUUGUGCUUUUGAUUUAAUUACCGCCUCAAGGCGUCGAGGCAUUGAAGAAAACAGUUUUAAACAAACUUCAGGGGGUAUUUUCGUCCAUUCUUCUUGAAAUGAUUUCUAAUUUUGACCAAGUUGAUGUUUAUGUUUGAUUUGAGAACAAUUAAGUGGUGAUUCUCAUCAGCUUUUUCAUUUAAUCAUCAAAAAGAUCAACAAAGCCGAUGAGAAUCACCACUUAAUUGUUCUCAAAUCAAACAUUCUUCUUGAAGACCCGUCUUUAGCUCCUGAAUAUUUCGAAAAUUCUUUUGAGCGACUCGACGUCCCAAUUCAUCUCAAAUAUGCUCAAUUGCAUUAAGGUUAGGGGAUUGUGCAGAUGUUUGAAGCACUUUGAGACAAAUAUACAACAACCACGACCUUGCUGUGUAAGAUGUAUGCUUGGGUUCUUAUUCCAAGCUUACUGAAACUUGGCACCAAAUGUUGCUGUAAAAUGUUGAUGUAGCCACUUUGAUCCAUUUUACCUUCCACAAAGUGCAAGUUUCCAACACCAGAACUCGACAUACAUCCCCAUACCGUGACCGACCCACCGCCAUAUUUCACAGUUGCCCGUGUAUGUUUAUGAGAGAAUUCUUUAUUUGCUUUUCUCCAUACAAACAUUCGUCCGUCUGAUCCUUUCAAAUUAAAUUUGCUAUUUGCUUUCAUUCGUGAACAAAACCAAAUAGCAAAUUUAAGCCUUUCUUUUCUAUUUUUUUAAACUUAUGAAUGGCUGUUUUCGAGCUUCGCGGCUAUUCAGAUCUUGUUUUUGCAGUACUCUUCGGAUCGUGUCGUUUUCCACUUCCUUAUUUCUGGUCUCCCUCAAAACACCUUUAGAAAUUCCGAGGAUAAGAAAGGAAUUUCCUUCACUUGCCGAACAAGUAGCUUUUCUUCGUACUUAUCCAACUUUUUCCCUUGUCCUUUCCUGCUUACAUUAAGUAUUCUCAAUACCUUCAUUUUUAAAACGUGAAAUUAUGUCCUUAACUGUUGAAUGGCUCCGUUGGACAAUUUUGGCUAUUUAUCGAACUGAUUUUUUAUCCUGACUAUGCGUUAUAACCAAUUUUCGUAUUUUAACAAACGUCUGUUUAACUUUUAAGGUUUAGUGGAAAACUUUUAAAAAAACAAACUGAAUAUGAAUCACAAUAGAACAUUUCCUUAAGCCUAUCAUAGUUUGACGGGAAAAGUAUUGUUACUGAGAACUCAAUAGUGCAUCAGUAUCAAGUUUCCGAUUAUGUUUGGUAGACGGAAUAUUAGAGUUGUUUUAGUUUUUAGUCUAUAUUGUUUUGUUUAUUAAUUGUAAAUAAGAGUUUAUUAAUAAAAAACAAAUUUUAGGGUUUUUAUUUAAUAAAUCAGAGCAAAAUUUCUACACCUCCAUACAUUUAAAUAAAUAAAUUGCACCGUUAAAAUUUUACUUUUGAAUUGAAAUUAAAACGAAUCGAUUUAAAAACCUUUAAAAAAGAUUCACAUUGAUGCCAAAAAAAAGAUAUUUGAGUACUCAUUAAUCAAAAAAAAGGCCACUUUUAAGAAUUUAAAUUAUUAUAUCUAAGAAGUUGUAUCAUAAGGAAAAAUAAGUGUGCAUCUAUUUUAAAAUUAUUGUCUUACCACUUUUAUCACAGGAGAUGUAAACAGUUAUUUUGAGAAAAUUUAAAAAUUAUCUGUUUCCAACAGGAUUCAACUUAUCCCAAAUAACUCAGCUUUCCUAUAAAUGAUUUUGAAAAACGUUGAACCUCUCCAUUUGAUAGCAAACUUUCUCGUGUGUAAUUUCAGCGAAUUUACUAUUCUAUUAUAAUUCUAUUUAAUGAACUUUAUCUUUUUCGAAAACUUCGUUUGCGUGCAACAAAAUUUAUUUGAUCAUAAUGCAUUUAAACUAUUGGUGAUUUCAUUUUUUAAUUCAAACCUAUUUUUGUAGUAAGAUAAUUAAAAAAACAAUGAUACUUAGAAUUAAUGUAAUCUUAUUCCAAUUUCUGUGGCACUUUUGUAAAUUCGAGCAUUUCUACAUUUGAUCGGCGUCGUAUUAUAUGAACCUUAGAAACUAUUUUUAAAAGAAUGUGGAGACAUUUUUGUUUUUCAUAUUUAAGUCAUUUUUGUUAUAUCAUCCUUCUUAUACCAGAAGCCCAAAUUAACAUAUUUUGGAAUUUUGAGUAACGAGAAUUGAAUAGCUAUUAUCUUUUCUUCAAUAUCCCAAAAUGUAACUUGAAUAUCAAGUUCAAGCUCAUAUUCUAUCAGAAGUCCGGUAAAUGGAUAAAAUGUUUGGGUCAGAAGAAUAAAUGGCCAAAAAGUUGGAAAUAGUCGAAGGGAGAUGUGCCAAAAUAAAACAAUAUGUCAGCUUGAAGAAUCUAACAACCAUAUUCUGUUAAACUUUCACAUGAAAAUCUGUAUCUUUCUUCGCUAAGUCUAAAAUUGGUAAAAAAUUGAUUCCU